AAUACUUUUUUAUUUUGCUCAAGUACGUAGAUGUCCAGAAUUCAUACGUAAGACCAUCUCAAAACAUCAAAUCGCCCAGUGUUCGGUUCCGCGACUUAUUACAAAAUGCCUGGAUGGCACGAUCCAUUCGCGAUUUCGGUGUGUUCUUAAGGGACGUAAUGUGCUUCGUUAUGUAAAUGUUACGCAAGUUCGGGACUGUCUUCCGACCCAGAAGUGACCCUUGGUCUCAUGUAACCUGACAUUACCAUUAUGAGUGCGUACGGACUAUCGGGAGGCGGCGAGUCGGACGUGAUAUCACGUCGACUAAGGGAGGCCGAGCGAGCGCGCGCCGACGCAGAGAGGGCGCACGCAGACGCAUUAGCGCAACUUCGAACUGCUCAGCGCUCGCCGCUCGACUCACACAAUGUCGAACAGCUACAAUCGAAAGUUAGAGAACUUGAGAAAAAGGCUGCUCUAGAAACAGUCCGAUGCGAGGAACUUCAGUUAGAAUUGUCAUCAGCAAUGCGUGCGAGAGGCACAAGUACCACUGCCACAUGGUCCAUGGCCACUCAACCUGCCUCAGAAAUUGAGCGGAUUAUGGCCAAAAUUGAACAGGACAAUAGAAUUCUCGCCGAAUUAGAGCACACCAGGUCUACAACUCAUGGCAUACAGCAGAGCGGGUCCAACCAAGGGUUAGGAGAAUAUCAUUCGCCAACACCGUCACCUCUACCACACUCGUACACGAGUACAACGGGCCAUAAUAUAACUUUGUGUCAGAGCAGCACAAUGCCGACCCUAUCUUCCUUUCAUGCUGCAUCACAGUUCACAGCCCCUAACCCUAACACAUCUGCAUAUUCCAUGAGCGCACACAAUCCUACCUCCUACGCGAACCCAGUAUCCGCUCCUUACGGCCUCUCAAACACACACCAAGUAACAUUCACAAACCCUGUUACUGCCCCACUUGUUAACAACAUCAACCAGAUAUCGAGUACUUUAGCGGGCUUACAAUCCAAUCUUCAUAAUCUUACCGGAAACGUGUCAGCUAUGACUCUUGGAAACGCAUUGACUGGAACAGCAAUAACAGGAACAAUGGCAGGAAGUGGUCUUAGUAGUUGUUUGAAUAAUGUACCAACAAGUUUAUCAAGUGGACUAACGAGCACUUUAGCAGGUUUACAAUCAAGUUUGACAGGAGCACUUGGAAACACUCUAAGUAAUCUUACAGGCGGAACACAAAUUGGAGCUUUAAAUACGAAUCUAACAAGCACAAGUGUUUAUGGAACGGGUAGUGGAACUUAUACAAAUCCACUUUUAACUAGUGGCCUAGGGACAAAUCCGAUGAAUAUUAAACUAAAGCCCAUGGAUGAGAUAGAUUUGGGCUUAGGUCGCUAUGGAACCAAUAAUCCAGCUAUGAUUCGGGCAGUAACUCCAGUGACUCCUCAUCAACCAAGCUGGAGCUUAGGAUUAGAUAGCCAAUUUCCAGAUAGACUUGCUGGUUUAGAAUCUUCUUUAUAUCAUGACCGUGGCCAGAGAAACAUGAGGCUAUUGCAAAAUAAUUUGUUGGAUAUGGAAGUGCGAAACACACAUUACAUGAAUGGAGGGGGACCAACCGAGGCCCAAGUUGAUAUGCUAGAUAUUCCAGGCAAAGGUCGUUGUUGUGUUUAUAUAGCUCGGUUUUCUUAUGAUCCACCGGAAAUUGAAAGUGCUGAAGGUGAGCUAUCAAUAUGCGCUGGUGAUUACCUCUUGGUUUGGGGUCCACCAGAUCCAAAUGCAACGAUGCUUGAUGCCGAAUUGUUAGAUGGUCGCCGUGGUCUAGUACCUGCUAAUUUUGUUCAAAGGCUGGUAGGCGACGAUCUUUUAGAGUUCCAUCAGGCUGUUGUGGCUACAUUACGUGAUGCUGAUGAAACAGCUACAACAGCAAUAAGUGAUAUGUCAUUGAGCCGUGAUGUAGCUCGUCUCAGUGAGGUCGCUGAUGUAACAGAUGGAUCAGAAGAUGAUGAUAAUGUUCCGGCUCCGCGACAGCUCACUUUGGAGCGGCAGUUGAACAAAUCUGUGCUGAUUGGCUGGACGGCACCCGAGGGAGUGCAACAAGCAAAUAUCGAGAGCUACCAUGUCUAUGUGGAUGGGGUUUUGAAGACGACUGUGAAGGCCACUGAGCGAACUCGUGCUUUGGUAGAGGGCGUAGAUUCUAAUCGAUUUUUGCAUUUUAAGCCACAUCGGAUCAGUGUUCGAUCUGUGACGGCCACACGCCGUACAUCUCGUGAUGCCGCUUGUACAAUGGUAAUUGGUCGAGAUACUGCAAAUAUGGGACCUACCUGCGUUAGAGCUAGUGGGGUAACGUGCUCUCAAGCCGUCAUAUCCUGGUUGCCAGCAAAUUCUAAUCAUCAACAUGUCGUCUGUGUAAACAACGUCGAAGUUCGGACUGUAAAACCUGGUGUUUAUCGUCACACUAUAACUGGUUUAUCACCAAGUACGCAGUAUCGAGUGACAGUAAGAGCCAAACAUUUAAGAGCCGGUCCUCCAUCUGGAAUACCUAUCGAAGAAGCUCCAGGAGCUUACACAGACUUCAGGACUCUUCCAAAAGGACUUCCAGAUCCUCCAAAUGAAAUCAUGGUGGAAGCUGGGCCGCAAGAUGGUACACUGCUUGUGACGUGGCAGCCAGUGCUUCGACCUCCCGCUUCAGGGCCUGUAACUGGAUAUGCUGUUUAUGCAGACGGGAAGAAGGUGACCGACGUAGACUCUCCGACUGGUGAUCACGCUCUCAUCGAUAUCGGCAAACUCCUCGGCCUCAAUCCUAAAUGCGUCACCGUAAGAACUAAGUCUCGCGACAGCCAAUCGAGCGACAGCGCUCCAACUCCGAUUCCGCCAGCUGUGUUGCGAGGUGUCGUAUCUAGGGUACAGAGAGGGCCUCCAGGUCAAGUUCUUAACCAGCCAGUUCCACCUGGUUAUAGAGCACAGCGCCCGCAAGCCUAUCAACAGCAACAACAAGUUAUAGAACAUGAUGAAAAUCUUUCCGAUAAAGAAAUAUUUCCAACGGCAAAUCGUCAUGACCCUCAACAGCAACAGGCUCAGCCCACGAGCGGAUUCGGCACAGGCCUUCUAAAGAGUAUAUUCGACAAAAUAACCCCUUCGCAUUCGGGGAUACCAGCCAUCGAAAUCACUAAAGAGGGAGCCACGGAGCAGAUAAGCGAGGAGGACGACCCUUCGCGGCGGUGUCAUCAGCAGCCGUCCCAACCUGCACAAGCGUCGCAGCAGCCUUCGGGUCAGCCGUACCCGAAUACACAAGCCUUCCAUGGCACGCAGCAACCCCCCUUUCAACAGGGCGCCCAGUUUCCAAGUAAUCAACCUAAUCAACCACAAUAUCCCGGACAACAACAGCAGUAUCAAAAUCCGCCUCCAAGAAAUCAUCAUGAAAGGGGACGUCCUCCUAACCCUCACCAGAUCCAGCAGCAGGCCCAACAAGGUCAAAUGCCGCAAUACGGUCCGAGAGGUGGUCCUCCUCCAGGACCACGAGGACCUCCUCCGGCUGGAGGGCGGGCCCCUCCGCAAGGUCACCCUCAGUCAAAGAGAGGUCGUUAUUUCAUCGCACUAUUCGACUAUGACCCAGUAACUAUGAGUCCCAACCCUGAGAGCUGCGAUGAAGAAUUGCCGUUUAGCGAAGGAGAUACGAUUAAGGUGUGGGGUGACAAAGAUGCCGAUGGGUUCUACUGGGGUGAAUGUCGAGGUCGGCGUGGCUAUGUGCCUCACAAUAUGGUCGUUGAAGUCUCUGAACAGGAGGCAACUGGGCAGGUCUCCGCAAAACCUAGAGAUCGGUGGACAGACGCGUACGCCAACCAGCCCGUACGUCGGAUGAUAGCGUUGUAUGAUUACGACCCACAAGAACUUAGCCCUAAUGUUGAUGCCGAUGCUGAGCUCAGCUUUCAAACCGGUCAGAUAAUACAUGUAUACGGCGAUAUGGACGAUGACGGUUUCUAUAUGGCUGAAAUUGAGGGUGUUCGAGGUCUUGUACCAAGUAAUUUCCUAACAGAUGCCAACGAUCAGUACGCACCAGCGGGACCAAGUGGUCAAGGCCCGCCUGGGGGUCGAAUGGGGCCAAGCACAAGUGCGCCAGGAGGAGGCCCAGGCCGAGGAAGGGGAGUUCCUCCAGGGCCAGGAGCUCGGGGUCCACCACCGCCUCCUAGAGAUAAUGUAGCGCCAGCACAAAGAAAUCACCUCCGAAAAACAGAUGCCUGCCCUCUUCCCCCUUCUCAGUUAGACCACAACACAAGCGCCAGUAAUCCAGAACAGGCGAGUUCUCAGGCGAGGGGGAAAGGCGUGGGGAGCGUACCGGCGAGCACGACCGCUCGCACGAGCGCUGGUAACGUGAGCUCGCCGCCGGUUCAGUCGCCGGGCUCAGCCGCCACGCUGGCCAUGCCCCCCGUGGGAACUACCACUGCCGUCAGCACGUCCCCAGCGCGCCGCGGCGGGCCCACCGUCGUCCCGGCGCCUACAGCUCAACCCCUUCAGCAGCAGCAACAACAGCAGCAACAGCAACAGCAACAACAACAACAACAGCAGCCACCCACCUCACAACCCAACCUCAUGCAAAAAUUCACUGAAAUGACCGCCCCAGGCGGGGACAUACUCAGCAAGGGAAAAGAACUCAUCUUCAUGAAAUUCGGCCUCGGCGGCAAAUAAUGUCGGCGGUUCGGUCUUUAGGGCCCUUUAAUCCUUUACGACGUCGCGGUUGUCUUCAAAGACGACCUUCGAAGCGGAAGAUACUGCUGUUUGCCCGGCAACAGAAUUGAACUCGAUCAGAGUUUUUUUACAUAUAACCCGUUUAUAACCGUUAACGUAUUGUAAUAAUGUAAAUAAAUUCAAUAAACGCACAGUUUAGUUAAAAUGAAUUCAGAAUGUUAGUGCAGUCCUGAUACGCACGGUUGGAGUAACCCCUCAAUUAGUCGUAUUAUAAUGUUUUCUAAAUCUUCAACCUUUGCCCAUCUGUUAGAUUAGAUCGUAAGUGAUUGUUUAAUUCAUAUUUAACUAGUUAUAGUGGUCAUAUGGGUGCAAAACGUAUUGAUCUACGAACUUAAAUGCGCGCAGUGUCACUAUACCUAGAUUAAAUAUGUUUUUUUAAAAUAUUUAGUUAAAAUCUAUUUUAUACUUAGGCGUUAUUGAAUAUCAAACGUCAUUUAUUUCUUAAUGUUCGUAGCUUAGUAGCUACGUGUCCACAUUUUGUUGUCUAUCGCUAGGUUAUCUCCUUAUUAAUAUAGAAUUAGAUGUUUCAAAUCUAUAUCUUUGUUCUGAAAAAUAUAUAUAUUGUUGAAUGUUAUCCUCAUGCAGUCUACAGCAGUCGAAGCAAUCUGCAGAGUUCAGCCAUUCCUGAUGAUGUUGUCAUUAUGUUUCAAAUGUUUAUUGUAAUGUUGUAAAGAUAUAUCAGCUGAGACUCUGAGGCCGCAAAUUCAGGUGCCGAAUUGCAAUAUUCAAUAGAAUAACAUAUGUUUAAGAUUAUAUAAGUAAAACACAUUAAAGUUCACUUUUCUCAAAAUAUUCUGUGAUAGUAGACGUGAUACCAUCUUUGUCAUUCAUGUAAAAUACAGAAUCAUUGUCAUGUAAUAAAUUCAAAAACAGAAGCAUUUUUCUAUGGUAUCUUGUUCUGCAGAUCAUAAUUUAGAUAUGAUUUCAACGUUGCCCAGAAACUUGUACAAAGGUACGAAGACUAUAGUACGACGUUUAUGGUGUAUAGUAUUAUUCUAGAAAUCUUAUCAUUGAACUCCUAUGUUUUGUUCAGUAACAAAUAUAUGUAACCUCAUUUCGAUAAAACGUGUAUCUAAUUGUCUAUGUAUUAUAUAAAUUAUUGAUGGUUGGUUUAUAUAACCUUCGUGUUUCUCUUUUAAAAUUAAAUAUACAGUAAUAUCGAUUAGUAAUAAAGGCUAUUCCCGUUUCAAGCCUAAAGACUGCUUGCAUGAGUUAUAUUAAUAAUUUAUACAUCUUUUAUACCCUUGUUGGUAUAACAUAUAUUCUAAUUUUAAAAAGAAUUUAAACUUUAAAUUGAAAAGUUCAAUCAAGCAAAUAAUUAUUCUUAUGUAUGAUUUAUUGUCAUAUUAUAAAUACAUUGAUUUCAAAUAUGUAGUAAACUUUAUAAAAUAAUUUCACAAUCUGUGUUUGUACAAUAUUUACCGUCCAUUAUCCUCUACAUACAAUUCAGGUAUGACAUGUAUGGUAAUCCGUUAAACAAUCUUUACUUUCUUCUUGACACUAGCAUUUUUACAAUUCGCCGUUUUAAACAAAUUAAACGAUUUUAUUAUCUUGCUACAGUAAAAUAUGUAAUUGGAGAGUUUUAUAAAAUUCACAUAUAAUAUAAGGCAUCAGUUGUACCCAAAACAUAAUAAACAAUUUGGGGCCAAAUAUUACUUAGUUACGAUAGCAACUUAUAGCUGUUUAACAAUCCACCUUAAAGAUUUACUUAAGCUAAAGACGAGCUUGCUAUGCCUGAUAUUUUAUAAUUGGCUUUUGCAUUUAUAUAAAGUCUAAAAUAUGACAAUAAAUCGUAUAUAAGGUUUAUAAUCUUAAGAGCGUUUCUAUGUAUGCGUUGUUCGUAAGAAUGGUAAAUCAAGGUUUAGUAAUGGAUUCAUAGAUUUGAAUCUAAUGAUCUCUUUUAUAAUAUAAAGGUACUAGUACCAGAGUAAUAGCAAUUAAGUCCGAAUGAAAAAAACUGUUUCAAUUAAAAUUCCAUAAGAGUACUACAAAUAACAGAUGAUAUAUCUUAUACGACACGACACUAUGUUUUUUUAAAUUUAGAACAAAAGCGUGUAAUGAGCCAGAAAAGUAUUAAAAACAAAGUCGAAGGUAUUAAAUCUUUUAACCAUUACUUUACCUUGAUUUCUCUCUUUAUAUACUUGUAAAUAUUUUCGGUAAGUUUGCUUGGAAUGUAGGCGAAAACGAGAUGCUCACUACGUACAAGGGAUCCUCUACUAAGUAUUUUAGCUUCGUAUCUAACCAAAAUAACGCAUAUUUCAAUCUUUUCACGUAUAUAUGAGACAGUUAGCAUGCGAUUCCUAGUAAUUGAUAUACUUAUAUAGAAAAAGUUUAGCCGGUCUGUUUAGACCAUAAUUAACGAGAAGAUAGUACCAACUACCAAUAAAUGCGAGUUGCGGUUUUUGAGAUAAUAAAUCAUAUAUAAUAAUAAAUACGAAGUACUUAACGAAGAAUGCCAUAGUAAACAAUAGAAGUAAAAAGAACAAACAUUAAAUCCUAUCAGAGAUAAAAGGAAGGGAAAAGAAAAUAACCUAUAGUAGUUUGAUUCACAUAUGAAUAUUAUGUUUUUAAUAGAUCUGCUGCUAUUAGGUACUAUCUUUCUCGUAGAGCCUUUUAUUGUAUAUUAUAUUGUAUAUACGGUGGGUAUGUGCCUGGUCUAAACGUUAUCUAAGCUCUAACAUAUCUAAUUAGGCUGUUUUUAGUAAAACUAUAACAUUACAAGAAUUCUACAAUUAUAUUUUGACGCUAUUACGCUAGUUUUUGCAGUUUUCAUCGACUAUGUAGCAUUUUUGUUAAUUUUAUAAUCACGAAUUACACAUUAGUUUUAAAACAUAACUUCAUUAUAGAAUAUAUUCGCCACCGUUUUUCUUUACGAUUCCCAAAGCUAUGUUCUAUUACGCUUGUAGUGUUUAUAGUUUAAUAUAAAACAGCUUGUAUAUCAGUACUAAUUCAAUUUUUUUAUAAUUAGGAAAUUAAUGUAUCUACCAGAUUAUUGCUACGCACACAGCACAUUGAAUCAAACAUUAUUGUUCUUUGAAGGUGAGUAAGACAUUCUAAAAAUGUAUCAAAUAAUUGCCGGAUUUAAAAAUUUCCUCAUCAGUACGAAAUUUGUGGCAACUUGCUGUAGAGCACAAAACAAAACAACAAGUGUCCGUAGCACUACGCUCGUAGACACAUUACAAUUGAGCAAUUCCUUUGGGUCUCUUAAACUUAAAAUUAUUUCCUUAGCCCAAGUUAAUAGCGUUUUCAUGAUACAAAUUCGCUAAGAUGGUCGAAUUGGGCACAGUACCGAGCCUCCAAGACAUUUCUGUGUGCGUACUAACGGCCGUCUUUUCUAAAGUGAAUUUGUGGCCAAAGGCGUGGGGAACAUCAUGAGAUCUUUUAACGAAUUAUAUAAUUUGAAACAAUUUUUUGACAACAGCUUUGAAUCAUUGUGGUGUAUUAUUCAAGGACUCAAUUAUUUACGACCUUUUACAAUGAAUUUCAAUAAAUUUUGUUUUAUGAUGUGUCCUUUGCCUUUCGCUAAUUUUAAAUACCGGUAAAAGUUGUUCACUUGUUUAUAUGCGAUGUUAUAAACUGUAUUCAUAUCUUUGAUCACAUGUACCUAUGUAUCGUUAUUUAUACGAAAUAUAAAUCAUUAUUGUAUAUUAAUCGUGCAUUCUUGUGUGCAUAAUUUAAAUAAAGAAUUGUAUAUUAAAUUUAAUGAAUAAACCUUUAACAAUGUACCA